AUGAUGGGCAGUAACGAAUUAUCUUGCCAAAUGCUACACCAUGGAGCAUCAGCUUCAUCUUCAUCGAAAGGAGUGAUAUUGAUACCCUCCAUAGAAUCAUUGUCCAAAUCACCAGCGAAACAGUGUGAAAUUGUUUAUUCUUCAGACUCAAUACUGAAUAUUGUGCGGCCUGCUACCAUUCAACUGGGCAAAAAUGACAGCAAAGAAACCAUUUGGACUGUUUAUGAGACCCUUCGAACAAGCACAAAAGCGUCUAUAACGAGUUCAAACGCGGUUUCAACUGUCACAGCGCGGCGUGAAAUCACUUGUGUCUCCCUCGUAGACACGCCGAAACUGGAUGGUGCAGUGAAUGAUCGCACAGUUCUUUUGUGUGGAUUCUCUGAUGGUACACUCACGUCGUGGAUCAGAUCUGGGAACAUUUGGAAAGAAAGAAUUCUUGUAAAUGAUUGUGACAAAGAGUAUGGUCGGUCGAUAACUGAUGUUGGUGGAAUCUUGUUGGAAGAUGGAAUUGGUGUCAUCGCUGUUUCAUGUUCGUCCGGUGGUGCCGAUUAUCACAGCUUUGGAGAUAACCCUUUUUCAUCAUCAACCUUUUCCUUGAUCCAGCUCCCGACAAAUGUUGUCAGAUUUCAAACUCUUCAAUCAAAAACGACUUUAUUACUGAUUGGAACUGCAGCUCCGCGUCACAACAAGAUACAUAUCUAUCGUUGCGGAGGCCAGGACCGUCCAACUUAUUGUGGCUCCUUAGCUGGCCAUGAAGAUUGGAUUUCCUGCUUCGACUGGUCUCGUACAACCGCACUAGACUACUUAGCGAGUGGGAGUCAAGAUGCGCGCAUCCGUCUCUGGAAGUUUGAAGCGAAGUAUAAUGAAAGAGCGGCUAUCGAACCGAACGAUCUUGACGGAAAAUUGAGCGACGAUGAAUCUCGUGUAGAAGAAUCAUGGGGCUUAGGGGAAGGGGAGUCCAGAUUGGAAAUAUUUCACGACACUCGUGCAACUUUAGUUUAUCUGGAAGCAUUGCUAAUUGGACACGAAGAACCGGUCACAUCUGUUACGUGGCACCCAUGCCCGCAGUCCAUAUAUGGCCGAGAUCUGAUUCUCAUUUCAAGCAGCAUGGACAGGACUAUGCUAGUGUGGGGAGAACACGAAUCUGGGAUCUGGACACCAAUAUCGAGGGUCGGAAGUGCUGGUGGGAUUCUUGGUGGGUCAGUUGGCUCUUCUUUGCUUGGCUUCUUGAAUACUCAGAUUGAGCCCACAAAUGGUAGUUGGUUGCUUGGGCAUGGAUACGGAGGAGCGCUUCACAUUUUCUCACCAGACUUAAGCCAAGGUGAGUCUGUAAUGGAUGGAACGCUGUCGGUUGAAGAACGUGCUUCCUUGGUUCCUUGGAAAGCAAUGACGUGCGUGACUGGGCAUUUUGACGGCAUAACAGACCUGUGUUGGGAAGCUGAAUUCGGAUCCUACCUCAUUACAGUAAGCAAUGAUCAAACAUGCAGAAUAUGGGCGCCUAGCCAAGCUGAUCUUGGGGAUGCGUGGAUAGAAAUUGCGAGGCCGCAGGUCCAUGGUUACGGUAUCAACGCAGUUGCGUCCCUUUCAACAGCGGAUCACAGGCAUUUGCUCAUCAGUGGCGCGGAUGAAAAGGAAAUUAGAGUAUUUGACGCAACUGCUGGCUUCGUCAAGUGUCUUGACAUGGUUUCACCGGACAGUAGCAAUGAGGAGGAUACUGCUAAUAGAGUAGAGCGUGCCUUUAUUCCAUCAUUGGGGUUGAGUAACAAGGCCACUGCCGCCGACGGCGCAGAAGAAGAUACUUCCAUAGGUUUUUCCAAAUCGGGAUCUAAGUUACCCCUAGAAAGAGACCUGGGAUCUGUUUCACUAUGGCCUGAGGUUGCAAAGCUCUACGGUCACACAUCAGAAGUGGCUCGCUUGACAUCGACGCUGGAAGCGCGGAGCUGUAAAGUCAACGAUAGUCCCGUGUACUCAGAUGUCCUUGUUGCAUCUUCAGCAAAGGCAAGAGAUGUCGAGACAGCUUGUGUUCGAAUUUGGGACGUGAAGGAAAACCGGUGUCUUCAAGUGCUUGCCGGUGGUCACAAAUCAACAGUGGUUGCUUUAUGUUUCUCCCCAGAUGGUCGGUACUUGGUUUCCUCAGGAAAGGAUCGCAGGCUUUGUUUGUGGGGAAAACGUAGCCAAGAGUCACAGGAGUCUGGAUCGCAGGGUCUCUUUCACCUUUGUGCUGCAGUUGACUCAUCUCAUAAACGUAUUGUUUGGGGAGCUCAUUUCUGCCCAUACGACUCUUCCACGUUUGCAUCAUGUUCACGAGAUGGCAGCGUUAAGAUUUGGAACAUUUGUACUUCGGAAUCUGGGCAUAAAACCAUGGAAAAAGUCUUCCAAUUCAAUCCAACCACACUUAGUACUGCUACCGACAAACCAGAAUCUGUGACUACUGUUGCAUUUGCACCUUGCCAGCUAAAUGGGAACGCACUUUUGGCGCUUGGACUCGAAAACGGAUUAAUGGAGCUCUGGAGAGUGCCAAUCAUUAAAGGACGUGGGAGUGAACUUUUCCCGGAGUUUCUGCAUUCAAUCCCGCACCAACAGUGCCAUGCAUCAACAGUGAAGAAGAUCGCAUGGCGACCAUGUCGAGACGACUCAGGGACUUUGGUGUUUGCAACUUGUUCUUCUGACAAUGGUUGUCGCAUCUUUAAAGUCUCUAGUUCCAAUAAGCGAUAA